AUGAUGGACAUAUGGAACUACUUAAAGGAGGGGACACUACCCGAAGACAAAGACGAAGCUCGAAAGAUGAGGGUAAGGUCAUCUAAAUUUGUCAUCAUUGGGAAUGAACUCUUCAAACGAGGCAUCUCAGCUCACUUACUAAAAUGCCUCACCAAGUCCCAAGCCACCUAUGUCAUCGAAGAGAUCCAUCGAGGAAUAUGCGGUAUGCAUUCCGGGGCACGUUCGAUGGCGACCAGGGUGAUCCAAGCUGGAUAUUACUGGCCCAUGCUGAAGUCAGAUUGCAAAGAUUACGUACAAAGGUUCGGUAUCCCGCACUCCCUCAUCACCGAUAAUGGUAGGAAAUUCAUCGCACAAAGCUUCGAGAUCUUCCUCCGAGAGCUCGGCAUCAAGCACCUCCCCACCUCGGUGGAACAUCCCCAAACCAACAACCAAGUCGAAGCUAGGAACAAAGUCAUUUUAAGAGAACUCAAAAAACGACUAGGGAGUGCCAAGGGACAAUGGGUUGAUGAGCUCCCUAGCAUUCUCUGGGUAUAUCAUCGCACCCCACAAUCCACAACUCAAGAAACUCCCUACAAGCUAACCUAUGGAGCCGACGCCAUGAUCAGCCGAGGUCGGUGA